AACUGCGAAUAUCUUUACCAACCUUUUGUUUACUUUUUCUCCAGACACACUAACACACAGCAUCUAAACCUACACUAAUAAGAAUGUCACAAGAUCUUCCUCCUAUAGACAUCCAACCGAUCCGCAAUGCAGCAGAACUUCUCAACUCCAUGCUUCUUUCACGAGCACUAAUCUCCUCCAAGCUAAAGUUCAACACUAUUGACUGGCAAGAUCUAAUCCUGGACCAACUUUCCACCCAUCCCCAUUUAAAAGAUUUAGAAAUCACAGAGAGAUUAUUCGACAAUGAUAAAGCUGUGAUUAAUAUCAUUCAUUCCUUAUUGACCACUGUUGAUCGGAAUCGUGCUAGUUCGAGACAGGCGUACGAGACAUUAAGACGAAAGAAUAACGAGAUUGAAAAGUUGACUAGGCACGUACAUGAUCUUGAGCGGAAAUUGGAAGCCCGUGAACGCCAAUUGAACAAGGUUACCACUAUUGAUCAAACUUCCAUGCAGGCGAAGAUCAAGGAGUUGAAUCAAAAGAAUAAACUUCAGGCUCAUGAUUUGAACAAAGUUAAGAAUUGGAGUGUGGAAGUAAAGACCAAAUAUGAAGUCAAGCUCAAGAAACAAGCAUUGGAAAUAGAGCAAUUAAAGAAUAAGUUAUUGGAGAAAAAGAAUUUAAGUUCGGUAGUGGAGUUUGGAAUACCUCGACCAUUAUCAAGUGAUAGUGAUUUAAGUGAUGUUAUCCAGAAUAAUAAGCCUAUUAUUGAAAAUGGUAUAAAUACCAAUAAUUUGGUUGAUUUUGAUCGUCAAGCUGUCAUUGAACAUGAUUACGCUGACUUAACGUCAAAUAUGAUGAACAUUGUGGAAAGUUUAGCCAAAGAGAAUUACAAGUUUACCCAGUUCAUCCAAUCCACCAAUGACUAUUUCUCCCGGUUGAACCAGGUGUUAGUGGAUGAUACGAAUAUAGAAAGAGUGAUAUCCACUGAAGCACAGGCAAUAAUACCAUAUCCUGAUGAGAUCAUAAACAUUACCAAAAUUACAGACGUCAGUUCCAUAUCAAUCAAUGAUCAAUACAACAACGUUGAAGCAGUUGAAGGCAUGAUUAAACCAAUGAUGGAAGAACUAUAUAAUAUAUACGAUAAUAUUUCCAAACUAUACGAAAUGAUAAAAGAUGGUAAUAUAGGGAGCAAUAAUAAAGCAGCUAUAACACAAUAUGAAAAAGAUUUAGAAAUAAUGACAGCAAAUUGGAAAGAUGCCUUGAAAACGGCAGAAAAUUGGAAAAACCUUCACCUUCAACAUUUGAAAGAUAACAAGACUUAAUUAUCUUCAUCUUCUUCAAGCAUGUUUUUUAAUACCGUGGUUUCUAAUGAUACUAUGUUCAAAGGGAAAUCUUUAAGUAAUUCAGUUUCAGCAAGUUCAGUGUCUUUCUUGACACACAAACUUAAAUCAUUGGUGUGAAUAUUGUAAUCCAAAUAAGUAUUAAGUAAAACACCAGUACAAUAGAUGCUUGCGUGGUUAGAAUCGGUAUUAUCAAUACAAAUAUCUUGUUUGAAUCCGUCAAUGGUGCCAUCGUCAGUAACUUCAGCAGGUUUAGCAACUUCUGAAACUUUAGCAAUUUCACCAUAAGUAGAACUGGUAGUUGGUAGUAAGUCAACUGCACUUUUAGUCUUGUUAGCAAUUUGAAUAGAUUUAAUUGAACCAUCAUCUUUAU